AUGGGUUUCAUUGCAGAGGAGACACCGUGCCUCAAAGUCGGCAUCGAGAAGUGGGGUCCAUAUGUCACUUACAUAUCUGACGAGACACCCCGUAAAGCCCUUGACAUCUAUGAAUGCUGUAUUUUUAUGACACAUCAGCUUAUUAAAUCUCUCAAAUAUUUCUCUUGGCUCUACACUUAUUAUCAGAAAUCUAUGAAUGCUGUAUUUUAUGAGCUCUACACUUAUCAGAAAUCUAUGAAUGCUGUUAUUUAUGAGGUAAUUUGUCACAUCAGCAGCUUAUUAAUCCCUUUCAGAUAUUUCUUAGCUCUACAGUUAUCAGAAAUCUAUGAAUGCUGUAUUUUUUAUGAGGUAAUUUUGUCACAUCAGCAGCUUAUUAAAUCCCUUCAAAUAUUUCUCUUGGUUCUGCAGUUAUCAGAAAUCUAUGAAAGCUGUAUAUUUUAUGAGUUAUCAGAAAUCUAUGAAUGCUGUAUUUUUAUGAGCUACGAAUAUGUCAUCGCUAAGGACCGCGUGUUUGGGUCGCAGCUCCCCAACGGGACUUGGACCGGCUUGAUGGGGCUCCUAACGCGAGGGGAGGCGGAUAUGACAGCUGUCGUCUUGUCAAUGGAUAGCCUCCGAGUUCGAGCAGUUGACUUCAGCGUGCCUCUGUACGUGGACCAACAGGUGGUGGGUUAUAAACGGCCUGUGUACGAAGCGGAUAUGCUGGGAUUCGUGAAGCCGUAUAAAUAUGAGAUGUGGCUUUUGUUGUUAACGACUAUGGCUUUGGUGUUCGGCUGCACUUUCUUGAUCCAACUCUUCCAGUUCAGCAGGCCUUUCAGAGGAAAAUCCGACGACGAAACUGAAACUGACAGGAAAGGAAAGGAAAAAGCAAAGAGCGUGUGGAGUGUUUUCUAUUGGACUCUCGGCGCUCUUCUAGCCCAGUCAAUCCCGUGGAUGCCAAAGGGAAACUCCGGGAGGUUUAUCGGAGGUCUGUGGCUUCUCUCCGCCCUCAUCAUCGGCUCCGUGUACCGCUCGAACCUCAAGGCCAUGCUGAUCCUGCCCAAACUCCGGUUACCUUUCGACAGCAUAGAGGAACUCGUGGAGACCGACAUCCCGACCUUCGUGUAUGAGGACAGCAUGCUCCACCAAGCCAUUUUGACUGCAGCGCCGGGGACGUCCCUCUACAAGCUGAGGAAGCAGGCCCUUGUGCGCAGGGAUGUGAUGACGAUGGUGGACGAGGUCUCCGAGGGCGCCUACGCUGCGUUCUUCGGGAAGAAGGGACUCGAGUCGAUUAUCAAUCAUAUCUACAACACGCGAGGGACAUGCCCUUUGUACAUGACCAAGGGGACGGUCUUCACCACGAGCCUCUGUCUUGCGUUUCCCAAAGGAUCGCCACUCGUCAAGAAAUUUGAUCCUUUAAUUGACAGGCUAAAGGAAUCUGGCAUCUUGAACCACAUGUACCUCCAUGGCUUGAUGAAUUACACCAAAUGUGUUCAGCCUGGCUUGGUGUCGCCCUCGAACAACCUGAGACCCUUCGAGCUGGAGGACUUCUACGGCAUCUUCUGUGUGUACUUUGGGGGUAUGAUCUUUUCGGUGCUCGUGUUCCUCCUGGAGCUGGCGGUUCCUCACAAGCACUUCAGCGCCAACUUCUGCAGAGGAGGAAAGGCGGAUCGAGGUCGCUCAGACUCCAGCCCACCCUCCCUGGCCAUUGCUUGAACCUCGCAUGACCUAGCCUGACCUCGUAACUGACGGAUGACUCUUCUAGGGAUUAAUUUUUCACUACACUUCUGUAUCAUGAUUAUUUGUAAACCUACAUCAGGACUAAAGUUUUGCACACUGGCAUACAAGGAUACAGGCCAACUGACUGACCCUACACGCAUGUAGAUUUGAUUCUAAAUCAGAAAUUGUUUUCUUAAGGCCAGCAUCUACCAGAAGUGUUUAGUUUCCCCAUAACGAGAUAAGGUUUAUCUAACAAAUUAUUAUUUAUUUAUUGAAAAUGUUCUGCCGCGUCAAUAUCUAGGGUCAUUAGCGGAGUAUUCAAAGUAUGGCAAUAGGGUGAGACUUAGGGGUAAUGAAGUUUUUUGGUUAAUUAAAGCGAUUUUUAUAGAUUCUUAAAAUGGUUGAUGGUCAAGGCAAAUAAAUGUCAGACAUCAAAGUUCAUAAAACACUAUAGAAGUAUAAUGACAAAAAAAUAUGACAAUAAGGACAUGUUUCUUGUUAAAGGUUGUAGAGCGCUGUAGGUUAGUGUGAUGGUUAAAAUGGCAAAGAGGGAAGAACAAAUGGAGUAUGUAGGCUGUUUGGGACUGACACAAAGCUAGCCUUUCAUCCUUUCAGCACGGCUCUCGCACCUUAGGAUGUGGACAGGAGGUGAAGGGAAGGAAAAGGAGAGGGGAAGACCAUGCAAAAUUAGUAGGGAUGUUCCCCUCAGUCUCCAUCUCCUCCCCCUCCCCCUGGGGGUUAUCUAGCACAGACUAAAGUAGACCUGUUUGAAUUUGAAAUGUUAGUGGGUAGUUCUGAACUGCAGCAUUUAUAUAAAAAAAUAAUUUUCCAUGGCAAAAGCACUGGUGUGAUAUUCUUGAAGUGAAACCCUUCUCCAGAACACGAGUAACAUCGGCGUUUAGAUAAAUAGGUUUAUCGAAAGAUGACAUUUUCGAAAUUC